UGCAGGACAAGUGGGCGCAAAUGGAUAUUCCUGGAGUGGGAUUAUGAGGCAGCCUUCAUUCCAUCUGUAAAGACGUCCAUUCUUGGGGAACAACCUUUUUCUUUCAUUAGUUUUGUACACUGGGCUUUCAAAUCAUUACUUGUCAUAGUUAAAGAAAGUAUUUUUAUUUUACAUUUUGUGUUAUUUGAAGAUAUAACAAAGACAGAAACAUGUCUAGGGACGAGUCUAAUGUGUUAUACCAAGUCAUUUACAAUCACACGCUCUGUGAUGGAUGGACCAACAACACCGAAGGUGCCCUGUACCAUCUGGGCAACACCAUACUUUUUCUGGGGUAUAUGGGUGGCAGUGGAGCAUAUGGAGCUUUGUACAUCUUCAGUUUUUUGGUUCCCGCCUUCUUAUGUUUGACGCUAUGGGGCUGGAUGACAAUGUGUGGUCUUGACGUCUUCAUCUGGAACUUGCUGCUGAUGCUGCAGUGCUUUGCCCAGGUGUGUCAUCUGAUAUUUCGGCUGAUGCAGGACGGUUUGCCCAGCGAAGAGCUUUCUGCGCUUUACUCUGCAGUCUAUCUACCGCUGGAUGUACCUGUGCAGGUGUUUAAAGAGAUCGCCACGGCCUGUGAGAACAAAGUGCACUCUCUAGAGCCAGAAAAAACAUAUGCGGUGGAAGGAAAGACACCUAUUGAUCGGUUGUCUUUCCUUCUUUCUGGCAGGAUUAGAGUGUCCUUAGAAGGUCAGUUUCUCCAUUAUAUCUUCCCUCACCAGUUUCUUGACUCUCCAGAAUGGGAGUCUCUAAGACCAACAGAGGAAGGGAACUUUCAGGUGACACUAACCGCAGAGACGGAGUGCCGUUACAUCUCGUGGCGCAGGCGUCGGCUUUACCUUCUUCUAUCCAAGGAUCGGUACACUGCCCGACUUUUCUCCGUCAUGCUUGGAAGUGACAUCGCUGACAAACUCUACUCACUCAAUGACAAACUAUUUGCCAAGAGCGGCGUGCGCCUCGAUAUUCGUCUGCCCAGUCUCUACCACGUUCUUGCCCCCACUCCACAGAGCAGUGAAGGCGGCAGCGCAAGCUCACCGCCCAGGGGAAGCCAUGGAGAUUCUGCAUUUGUCAGCGUUGAUCCAGAUCCUUCUAACAAGGUCUGCAAGCCGGACCAGGGAAAGGCCCCUAUGUCCAAAUCUGCACACCAGCACUGGCCCUCAGAUACAGAAUUGCCCUCUGGUGAGGACUCAACCAGCUUGAUUUUGGAGGACUUUGCCGAUAUGGCAGGCUCUUUAAUGGACUAUGGGAGUGAGAGGGAAUAUUUGAAGUAAAGAAUGGGGUGUUGAAGCUAACACACUGAGCCACUUCUAAAGUCACAUAGGAUGAUACUUCAGGAAAUUUUCCACUUCGAUUUCAAAGAGGACGUGCUCCAUUGGCCCCUACUGACACCCCUAAACUGUAGAAACGGUUGCAGCAAUGCAUCUUGGGACGGUAAUGGAAUCUCGAAUCAAUUCCUA